UCAAAUGUUAACCUAAAAUUGCCAAAUAUUUCAAGGGCAUUUAAGUUUAUAUCAUUGCAUAUUAAUUAACUGACAUUACAAUAUUCAUAUAAACUCAACAAAGUGAGCAAUUAACUAAUAAUUGUAUAAUAAUAAUACAAUUUACAUCACAAAAUGAAUAUAGCCAGAAUAUCAUAUAGAACUUUAAAAACUUUCACUGCUCCUAGAAGUUAUAUUAGCAAAUACAACUGCUUAGGUACAAGUUUUAGUAAUCAUAACAGUGCUGUGCCGUUAUCCACCACAAAACUGGGAUUAAAGGAUGAGAAAGUAAAAGUAGCUUUCGUCCUAAACGACGGUAAGCGUCUAGAAACGGAGGCUAAGGUCGGGGACACACUGCUCGACGUGGUGGUGAAUAACGACCUCAACAUAGAAGGGUACGGCGCCUGUGAAGGCACCCUAACAUGCUCCACGUGUCACGUUAUACUGAAGCAGAAGGAUUUUGAUAGUCUACCAGAGGAGGCGUCUGAUGAAGAACGGGAUAUGCUAGAUCUGGCGUACGGUCUCACGGACACCUCGCGACUGGGCUGCCAAAUAACCCUCACCAAAGACCUGGACGGAUUGGAGGUCAUCGUACCAGAGACAAUCAACGAUGCACGCAGUUGAUGAUGGCGACCAUCGUCAAUUCGAUGCUAAUUUAUGAUGAAUUAUGAUAGUGAUUAUAGGGAAAUUGUUACAAUCCUCUGAAGCAAGUUUUGUUAAUAAGAAACGGCGCCAUCUUGUGGCUGAAUAACGUACUAUGGGUACUAGAUAACUUAGGGAUGUAUUUAAAUAUGUAGUAAUAAUAUAUUAUACAUAAAACAUAAACUAAAGGAAUAUGUGACAAUAAAUAAAAAUAAUGUUUAAAAUUGCUCCAUCUAGUCCCAAGCUAAGCAGAGAUUUAUGGGUAC